CCUGUCACUUUUUUGCCUCUGAUGAGUCCCAGAGAGAGCCCAGGCUCAUACAUGUGGGCACAGGGAGGAGACUUGUCCCCUGACAGAUGGACAAGAACCACUGACCUGAAGGUCCGAGCUCCACAACCCUCUAGAUUGACUUGCUGCUUCCUCACCUCAGCCCUGUCCCAGACCGGAGUUCUGGGAGCCUCAAAGUCCUGUGCCUGCCGAUUCCAGGAGUAGCCUUCACUAAAGGGCUCCUCAAUGAAUCCUGCCGUGGUUAUUUAAAGAGUUUUUCCUAGAAGUUAUUGGCUAGCAGUUUCCCAGAGGCGGGAAGGCUUGGACUUCAAGAUGCUUAUAAAGGAGUAUCGUAUUCCUCUUCCAAUGAGUGUGGAGGAAUAUCGGAUUGCCCAGUUGUACAUGAUUCAGAAAAAGAGCCGCGAGGAGACCUGUGGCGAAGGCAGCGGCGUGGAGAUCCUGGAGAACAGGCCAUACACAGACGGGCCCGGGGGGGCCGGCCAGUAUACGCACAAAGUCUACCAUAUUGGUAUGCACAUUCCCAGCUGGUUCCGCUCCAUCCUGCCCAAGGCAGCCCUGAGGGUGGAAGAGGAGUCGUGGAACGCCUAUCCGUACACCAGGACAAGGUACACCUGUCCCUUUGUGGAGAAGUUCUCUAUUGACAUCGAAACCUUUUAUAAAUCCGACUCAGGAGAAAAUGUCAACGUGUUCAACCUCUCUCCUGUGGAAAAGAGACAGACAACUCUGGAUCCGAUCGAUAUCGUCCGAGACCCCAUCCCGCCCAACGAGUACAAGUCAGAGGAGGACCCGCGGCUCUACAAGUCAGCCAAGACCAAGCGCGGGCCCCUAAGCGAUGACUGGAUCGUGGAGUGCACCCGGCACCCCGGCCACUUUCCCAUCAUGUGCGCCUACAAGCUCUGCAAGGUGGAAUUCCGCUACUGGGGGAUGCAGUCCAAGAUCGAGAGGUUUAUCCACGACGUGGGUCUGCGGAAGGUGAUGGUCCGGGCUCACCGGCAGGCCUGGUGCUGGCAGGAUGAGUGGUACGGCCUGACCAUCGAGGACAUUCGGCAGCUGGAGAAGGAGGCUCAGCUGAUGCUAGCCCAGAAGAUGGCCCAGUUCUGCAGCAGCGAGAGCGACUCCGAGGCCCACGGAGCCAAGGAACCCCCUGGCGAAAACGUGGAAGAGGGUGAGGCCAGGGUCAUCACGGAGGCCACCGAGUCACCCAGCAGCCCCAGCGAGGCCCUGACGGGGAGGAGCCUGACAAAGCAGUGGUCCACAUCCUCGAAGUCCUCCCGGUCAUCCAAGAGAGGAGCCAGCCCCUCAAGGCAUAGCCUGUCGGAGUGGAGGAUGCAGAGCAUCGCCCGGGACUCAGAUGACAGCUCGGAUGAUGAGUUCUUUGAUGCCCACGAGGACUUGUCUGACCCUGAAGAGAUAUUUCCUAAAGAAAUCACCAAAUGGAGUUCCAAUGACCUCAUGGAUAAAAUUGAAUCCCCAGAAUCGGAUGAUGUGCAUGAUGACCUCUAUCACGAGACCACCGCAGAAUACAGUGGAGUCUCCCACGGGGAGCCCCUCAGCAUCACCGAGGAUGAAGUGAGCCAGCCUUUGUCCCAGGCUUCUAAGAUCCACGUGCUCCUUCUGGUGUUACACGGAGGCAACAUCCUGGACAGCGGAGGAGGGGACCAGAGCUCGAAGCAGGGUGACGUCAACACCAUCACCACCGUGUUUGACACCGUCAUGCGGGUCCACUACCCUGCUGCGCUCGGUCACAUUACCAUCAAACUGGUGCCCUGCCCGGCCAUCUGCUCCGAGGCCUUUUCCCUGGUGUCCAACCUGAGCCCCUACAGCCAUGACGAGGGCUGCCUCUCCAACAGCCAAGACCACAUCCCCCUUGCCGCCCUGCCCCUCCUGGCUACCUCCUCCCCUCAGUACCAGGAAGCGGUUGCUACGGUGAUCCAGCGAGCCAAUCAGGCCUAUGGCGAGUUCAUCAAGUCCCAGGCGGGCAUGUCGUUCAGUGGCCAGGUCUGCCUGAUUGGGGAUUGUGUUGGGGGGAUCCUGGCAUUUGACGCUUUAUGCUGCAGCAACCAGACAGUGUCCGAGAGCCAGAGCAGCAGUCGCCGGGGCAGUGUGGUGAGCGUGCAGGACACGGACCUCCUGUCCCCCGGAAUCCUGGUGAACAACUCCACGUGCUCCGGGAGCCCCUCCAACCUGGAGGCCAGCCGGCACCUGAGCCGCAGCAACGUCGACAUCCCGCGCAGCAACGGGGACGACCCCAAGAAGCAGCUGCCGCGCAAGAGGAGUGACUCGUCCACCUACGAGAUGGACACCAUCAAGCAGCACCAGGCUUUCCUUUCCAGCUUACAUUCCAGCGUCCUGAGAAAUGAUCCCAGCUCCCGUCGAUCCAGCAGUUCCACCAUGCUGGAUGGGGGGAGCCUUGGGAAGUUUGAGUUUGAGAUCUCGGACUUCUUCCUCUUCGGAUCCCCACUGGGGCUGGUCCUGGCCCUGAGGAAGACCGUCAUCCCCGCACUGGAUGUCUUUCAGCUCCGGCCCGCCUGCCAGCAGGUGUACAACAUGUUCCACCCUGCUGACCCCUCUGCCUCCCGCCUGGAGCCCCUCCUGGAGAAGAAGUUCCACCUCCUGCCCCCCUUCAACAUUCCCCGCUACCAGCGCUUCCCUCUCGGGGAUGGCAAUUCGGCUCUGCUGGUCGAGACAGUCCAGAGCAAUCCCAUCCUCAUCGUGGAAAGCAGCCCCCUGGUUGCUCUCCAACGGCAGGAUAGCUUCAUGGAAACCAGUAUCCCCGUUCCCGUUCUGAACUGGCAAGAUGGGUCCAGUAAAAGUCCCGGCUGUGCUGAGUCGGAAGUGGUUCAGGCCCACGGCGCCAUCUUCAUGGAGUCCACGUCUCCCUCCUCCCCUGGUACCGUCCCCAGUUUCCGGGGUUUCCGCCGGGCCAGCGAGGUCAGCAUCACGAGCCAGGUGUCGGGCAUGGCCGACAGUUACACCGCCUCCAACAUCGCCAAUAAAAAACCCAACCAUCUUAAUCAUUCCAAAAGCUUAAGCCUCCUGUCCCAGCUUGCCCUCCCUCACAAAUGCCCCACCAAAAGGGCGGCCCAAAGCCGUAGAAAGCCUAAACGGGGAAGACCCCAGAACCCUCUAGGAGAAAGGCAGGAGGGGGGCCCGAGGCCGACCCUGGACCAAAUCCCGCCGCUCCCCGACCUGGACGUCGGAAAAGUUGCUGCAAAGUGGUGGGGAACCAAGCGGAUUGACUAUGCCCUCUACUGCCCUGAUGCGCUGACGGCCUUUCCCACGGUGGCAUUGCCCCAUCUCUUCCAUGCCAGCUACUGGGAGUCGACAGACGUGGUGUCCUUCCUGCUGAGACAGGUUAUGAGGCAUGAAAACUCCAGCAUCUUGGAGCUGGAUGGCAAAGAGGUAUCCGUGUUCACCCCGUCGAAGCCGCGAGAGAAGUGGUUGAGGAAGAGGACCCACGUGAAGCUGAGGAAUGUCACGUCGAAUCACAGGAUCAAUGAUGCUGUGGCCAACGAGGACGGGCCACAGACCCUGUCGGGCAGAUUCAUGUACGGGCCCCUGGACAUGGUGACCCUCACCGGGGAGAAGGUGGACAUUCACAUCAUGACCCAGCCUCCUUCCGGGGAAUGGGUCCACUUCGACACACUCAUCACAAACAGCAGCGGCCGCGUCUCCUUCACCAUCCCCGAGGGCCAGCGCCUUGGCAUCGGUGUCUACCCCGUCAAGAUGGUGGUCAGGGGAGACCACACGUUUGCCGACAGCUACAUCACCGUCCUGCCCCGGGGCACGGAGUUUGUGGUCUUCAGCAUCGACGGCUCUUUCGCCGCCAGUGUCUCCAUCAUGGGGAGCGACCCCAAGGUGCGCGCCGGGGCCGUGGACGUCGUCAGACACUGGCAGGACCUCGGCUACCUCAUCAUCUACGUGACCGGGCGGCCCGACAUGCAGAAGCAGAGGGUGGUGGCGUGGCUGGCGCAGCACAACUUCCCCCACGGGAUCGUCUCCUUCUGCGACGGCUUAGUGCACGACCCCCUGCGACACAAGGCAAACUUCCUCAAGCUCCUCAUCACCGAGCUCAACAUGAGGGUUCACGCCGCCUACGGAUCCACCAAGGACAUCUCCGUGUACAGUGCCAUCAGCCUGUCCCCCCUGCAGAUCUACAUCGUCGGGCGGCCCACCAAGAAGCUCCUGCAUCAGUGCCAGUUCAUCACAGACGGCUACGCCGCUCACCUGGCCCAGCUGAAGUACAACCACCGGGCCCGACCGGCCAAGAACACCACGCGCAUGGCCCUGCGCAAGGGCAGCUUCGGCCUGCCGGGCCAGAGCGACUUCCUGCGCAAGCGCAACCACCUGCUGCGCACCAUCUCCUCCCAGCCCACGGGCUCGGCCGGGCCGGGCCACAAGCACGAGCGGACGCAGAGCCAGUCCGACAGCGAGCGGGAGCGGGAGAAGGAGCGGGGCCAGCGGAGCAUGAGCCUGGCCACGGGCUGCUGGGGCCGCAGCGGGGCCGCCCGCCCGGACACGGGGCCCGCGGGGCCCAAGUGAAGCCGCUCCCGCCGCCCGCCCCACCCUACGGGGGGGCAGCCCCGCUCGUGGCAGGGCUCGGGGGGGGGGGGAGAGGAAGGGAGUCACCAUGGUGCUACGACGGCCCGGGGAGCCGGGAGGGCGGACGCCAGCCCGGACGGAGGGAGGAAGCUCGGGGGCAGAGCCCCGGGGGGGCCGCCCGGAGCCUCCCCCGUUAGGAGAGGGCCACCCUGAGCGCUCUGGUCACGGAGAGACGCUCCGGGCCCGAGGAGAGCGGAGCUGUUGCUGAGCCUCCCGCCAUCCCCCCCCGGAUGCUCCCCGCCAGCCUCUCGGCGAGGAGGAGACAGGUGCGAGGAUCCAGUCGGGCCAGGGCGAGGCGCGGGAGUGGGGAGGGGAAGCCCACGGUCCGCUCUGCUUCUUUGGCCCCAGGCGGGGACGGGGGUUCCCGUGGGUGUUGGAGGAAGAGGGUGGUUGGAGCCCCGAGGACCUGGGUCUGGGGAUCCCCACCUGGGUCCCCCUCCCCUUCACACGCCCCAGCCGCGCAGCUCUGAGCUUCGAAGAGCCCCGCUCGCCCCACAGUCCGGCCGUGAGGGCCAUUCCCACAGACCCCCGCCUCCCCUCCUCUUCGGAUUCAGUAGCAGCUACCACGGGAGUUUAGCCCUGCUUCUUUUAACCAGAGUCACUCAACUGUAAAACCUCAUUGUUUUUGCACUGAUGAUUUUUAGAACGGAGACCUGUUACCAUCUCACGUGGCUACACAUCCCCGUCUGUAGUGCAUGGUAAUUAAAUAUCUGCUGACCCAGGGUCCGGUUUUGCGCAGAAGUUUGGGGGCGGUAAAAGGAGGCCGAAGCGGGGCCCGAGCUGAGGUGCGAGCGGAAGCAAAAGGCCAUAUCGGAAUUUGCGCGGCUCCCGGCGGGCCUGCUGCCUCAGCGGGGGCCGGCCCCACGGCUUUCCCGGCCUUCGCCCUGAGCGGGAAGGAGGAGGAAGCCUGAGGCCCCCCUGCACCCCUUUCCCACCCCCCCCCUGCCACCCAAUGCCAACUGACCGCCCGGGCAGCGAGGCGAAGGCCGAGCCAGGGUCGGGUCUCCCGGGGCCCCUCUCCUCCUUUCCCGGGAGACGCCUCCAGCCCGGAAACGGUUUUGUACUCCGAACCAGAUCGUGGCAGAGCAGGAUUCUUCCGCUGCUGCCGCCUUCCACCGCAGUAUAUCGCAUUUAUACCACUUUCUACUCAAAGAUCUGAUUUCUAAGAGGGGGUUUGUUGGGCUUUCGGUUCUCUCUCUUUCGUUCGGUUUUUAAAACUUGGCUGCUUCGUUUUCUUAACUUUCGAUAUAAAAGGCAGCCCCUCUGCAUUGUGAAAAACCCAGCACUGUGAACGUCGCCCUGCCCAGCCCCCCGGACGCAGACGCAGCAGGCCGGGCCUCCCCGCUGCCCGGGAGGACGGGGGCCGGGCACACUGGGGCCCCGUGGGCAGGGCGAGGCGAGGCGGGGCAGGGCAGGCCGACGUCUGGUUCCCGACUUCACCUUACACCUAGCGUUUUGAAACCUUCGACGGAAUUUCUACUUUCUCAACGGUUCUCUUGGGGCGGGACGCACGCGUCGAUUUUUACAAACGGAAAUCUGUUUUGCCGCAGAAUCCGACAAAUCACCCGCCUCCUUCCCACCCUCCACCCCCGCAUCGCAUCCCAACAGGGCGGCCCUCCCAGAGUCAGCCCUCUCUCAUCUUUAAAAGUGACCAUCCCGCGACACUUGCUGGUUUUUAUUGACGAAAAGCCGACUUCCCUUUCUGCCACCGCGGGCUCGUGACCUUGAAUGGCCGGUCUCUUCUCCUAGAGCCAGUGUGAACUCUCUUCCAGUUAUCCUCGUUCGGCUUCGGGAGCCAGCCGAGCCACGGCCCCGGUCCGGCCCUGACCCAUUCAGCCUCCAGCCUCACCUCGCCGAAAUCACUUGCGAAUUUGGAUACGGCCUUUGGGACCCUCCCAGCACCCGCGAGGGGCUCCGGCUUUCGGACGUUUUGAAGGACAGGAUGGCGGGCAGGGGGGCCGGAAUGCAUUCUGAGAUGUUAACAUUUUCUUGCGUGUAGAUAGUGUAAAACAAAAGGAUGCUGUAAAUGCUCAGAAGAGUGGGUAUAAAGUGAAAGUUAUUUAUUUUAUGUAGAGAAAAUGUCUGAAGGAACUGGAACCUUCAGGGCUUAUGAGUAUUGAAGAUGUAGGGACUUUUUUUUUUUUCUUUUUGUUCCAGGAUUAUGUAUAAAGCAAUUCUUUUAUGGACCAAGUUUAAUGUACCCGUCAGAGCAGAAGUGCAAUAUCUCGUUCACCUCUCCAUCAGUCCCACGUCUAAAAAACCAAUAGCUUCGAGCGACAGCGGCAGCGCGCGGGCCUGGAGCAUCCCACUGCCUUCGCCUUUGUCACUGGCCCUGUCGGAGAAUUCAUUUGGGGAUUGAAUCCCGGGUUCCUGGCUGCAAUAAUCACCAGACGGGCGGUUGUGGUAGGGCUUUUGCUCUACACUUCUUCCCUUCUAAGGUGGAACACCCCCAUCCCUGCCCCCAGCCUCCUCACUCUCCUCCCUUUACUUGCCCAGCGUCUGCUAAGGUGAGGCCGGACCUGAGUGGCCUAAAAUUGUGGUAUACACCCUUCCCUUAUCCCCAUCCCACCCCUCAGGGCCUUUGUUCGGCCUGGCGGAAGCGGAGGGCAAGGGGAAGGCUCUCCUCCUUCCUAAAAGGUUUUGUCACUUUGUCACCGUGAUCUUGGGAGAACCCAUGAGUUCACUAGCUCGUUCACUUCGACCCCUUGAGUUAUUUUCUUCCUGGCAACAUUCGUUUUCCAAAAGAACAACGAAGACAUCGUUUGAAAAAUACCAAAAAUGUUUACAGCGUUUGGCAAGGAAACGUUUGACGAAAAUCCGUUCGAACCAAAGGGUGAGGCAGGAGGGCAGACCGUUGCAUCUCCCCUCCCUCCUGGGGCGAUCCGUCCUGACAGCAAGCGUGCCCGCUAAUCAGGUAUCGUCGUCACCUUUGCCGCAUUUACCUAUUAGCUCUAGAAGCCUUAUUUACAUGGCCCUCCCACCCCCCAUCCUCCUCCUCGUAUGAAAUCCCUGGAUCUCCUCGACUGUCCGUCAAUGAUAUUGAUUCUGCUCGAUUUACCAAACGGUUUCUUAGGGAUAAGAUUGAAAACGACACCUCCGCCCUCGGCGCAGAUCCCUGGGGCUCAGGAGCCAGGCCCCCCCCAAGCCCCGGUUUGCAUCUCGAUCCCUCCGUGCGUCCUCGUGUGUCCGCCACCGCCGCCGCUUGCAUUUCUGCUUGUGUGUGAGACCAUCCCACGCCUUCCUUCCCCUUGCUGUUUGUUAGUGCGUCGUUUACUGCCUGAGUGUGCUCCGUAUACAGCAGCAUCACUGUACGUUGUUACAUGGAUUAAAGAAAUGGGAAGGCU